GAUAGAAAUCUAACCUAUAUAUUAGCGUGCGCAAUUUUUCUUUCUAUUGAUUUUACACUUGUUGAAACGUCAUCACUCGCAUAUGGAUGCUCCUUCGAUGAGAAAUUAAAGAUGACGAAAUGUGAAUUAAAUCAGAUAUUUCUGGGUGAAAUCGCGUCCGUACAAAAUUAUGGAGCUUUUAUUAGAAUACCAGGUACUUCGCAGCAAGGCUUAAUACACCGUUCGCAGGUAAGCACAGCUCAUGUCGACAAUGUUGCAGAGGUCUUGCAAAAGGGUGAACGAGUCUGGUGUAAGGUGAUCUCGGUUGGAGAAGACGGCAAGGUAGGGCUGUCCAUGAAACAUGUGAAUCAGGGAAAUGGUACGGAUCUAGACCCCAACGGGGUGGAGCUGCAAAGAGAUGCACAACGGAAAAGAAACCCAGGAAUGACUCAGCACAAGGCCAUACAGUUGGAAGCUGUAUUAAAUACCACAUGUACCAAAUGCGGGACCAAGGGACACUUGUCUAAGGACUGCUUCAUGUCUCCUGAUGGUAAGAAGUAUGAACUAAUCCCAGAGAUCGAAGAGGAGAGUGUCCCAGAACCAGAUAGUAAAAACAUUGAGAAAAAGGCGGAGAAGAAACACAAAUCGAAAAAGAAGAAAAAAAAGUCAAAAAGGAGCAAACAGUCUACUGACAACGGUGAUACAGAAGACAAGGAGAUAAGCAAGAGGAAGAAAAAGAAAUUUUCCAAAGAACGCAAGAAGCAUAAAAAGAAAUACAACAGCAGUUCGAGCGACUCCUCUGAUAGCUCAUCAUCUGACGACCUAAAAUCUCACAAACGGAAACAUCCAGAUACUCACGAAACUCGCACCAAAAAAUGCAAACAUUCGAAAACCAAACAUUCAAAUUGAUUAUUCCAGUUCUUUCUUUUUUAGAUAUAAUUUAGUUUCAGUAUACCUUGCAUUACAAAUAACUUGUAUAUAAAAUAAUAUACUUAAUAAGGCUGUAAAUCGUUUCAAAUGCUCAAAUUAAAGUCU